CUGCUCGUGCAGCUUUUGAAGAUGCGCAAAAGCAUAUGGAAGACAUAUUGGGAGCUAUUGAAACAAAAUCUAAGAGUAUCACAAAAAUUCAAAGUGAUCUUGAAAGGAGCAAACUCGAAGCAUUGGAAGCUCAUAAAGUGGAACAAGUUCAUGUUUUAAUGAUGUACAGGGAGGGGCUCAGCAGGGAUGGUGGCUGGGCGCGGGGCUGGCUGGUACAGUUCUCAACUUCACGGCGGCAGCAGCUAACAACACUUGAACCAAUGAUCACUGGAUUGCAAGAAUCAUUGCCAAAGUCCAUUGGAUUGCUUCCUUUUUAUGGAGGUGUGGCAGAUGCUGAACAGAGAGAAGUAGAUACCUGGCACUUCAUGUAAACAGCCCCUUGGCUUGGUUUACUUCCCAGUGCUGAUGGGCAAGUAUUACAUUCUCAAGAUGGUGGAGAUAGUUCAAUUCUCAGUCUCUUUAAAUUAGUCACUGCUGCAAUAUUAUCUAAGCCAGGGUGCCCAAAUCCAACCUCUUUCAGCACCCUAUCAAAACAAGCAGAAGCUGCAGGUACAGAGCUGGACAUUCAAUAUUUAGAAAAC